ACUUGCCCUAGAAAUUCUUGACAACGAAUCUCGAACAAAAAUCAACAAGACGAGCAGACCAUAGACUUCAACGGAACUCGACUAGACAAAACACAAUGUCCGACCAAAAUGACAAGGCUUCACCACCCGAUGACAAGACAUUAAACGUACCCAGUACAGGCACCGGCGGGACUCCCUCGGAUUUCCUAAAACAAGUCGUCGGUCAUCAAGUAACUGUCAGGCUGAAUAGCGGAGUAGAUUAUCGAGGUAUUUUGUCUUGCUUGGAUGGGUACAUGAACAUCGCUCUCGAAAACACUGAGGAGUAUGUUAAUGGGAUCAAGCGGAAUAGUUAUGGGGAUGCAUUCCUAAGGGGGAACAAUGUUUUGUACAUCAGUCGAGUCGAAUAAGACACACCUCGGUCAGCCACGGCUGAGUAGAUGUUCUUUUUUUCAAUUCUGUUUUUCUAUCAUUCUUAGGGAAGCUUUUUUUGGAAAAUGUAAAAUUUCUGAGUCUUCCCCCAUUUGCUCCCAGAUCUCUGCAUGUCGUUUUGUCCAUUCUUUUUUGGCCAUACCAAAGGCAUGCAUGCUACGGAGGGGCCUGCCGGUUCAAAAUAGUCUCAAUCCCUUCGCUCCAAUGAAUGUGUAAAUAUGUACCAAAUGACCCAAAUCGUAGCAAAUCAUCCAACUCCGGAAGCCCUUCGGAGUUCGGGCUCUCCUCGGAGAUAA